AUGUCAUCGCCUACCAAGCGAACAGUCCUCAUCACAGGAUGCUCCCAAGGGGGUGUCGGUAACACGCUGGCACUCGCAUUCGCAGCCCAAGGCCUACGCGUCUUCGCAACCGCCCGUUCGCUUAAGUCCGUGGCGAACCUCACAGAAAAGGGCAUCGAAACGCUCACGCUCGACGUGACGAGCUCGGAGAGUAUCGCUACCGUAAAAGAGGAGAUUUCAAGACGUACAGGAGGUACCCUUGACAUUCUGUACAACAAUGCGGGUGCUCUCUACGAAGCGCCAGCAGUAGAAGCAGACUCCUACCGCACCCGCCAAAUGUUCGACGCCAACGUCUUCGGCCUCUUCGACAUGGUGACAGCCUUCACCCCGCUCCUCCUCGCCGCCGUCUCCACCUCCCGAUCCUCCCAGCAACCCACAAUCGUCAACGUCGCCUCCGUGCUCGCCCGCCUCCCGGGGCCCUUCACGUCAGGCUACAACGCCACAAAGGCCGCCGUCGCGGCCUACUCUGACACCCUCCGUCUCGAGGUCGCGCCCCUCGGCCUGCGCGUGCUGACGGUCUACAUGGGCGAGGUGGCCACCUCCAUCAUCCAGGCCAACAAUAUCAGCUUCGACAGGGACAGCCUGUACGUCGACGCCGAGGAUAAGGUGCGGGAGCGCAGCGCCACGCACGAGAAGACGACGAUGAAGCCUGAUGAGUUUGCGAGGCAGGUCGUGCCGCUUGUGCUCAAGAGCGGCGGGAGCCCGUAUGUGUGGAAGGGUUUCACUCCUGCAUCUCUCGUGUCGAGGUUUAGGGGCGGCGAGCGCGUUGGAGGAGCUUGGCAUGGAGGCCACGACGGAACCUGCGCAACAUGCCAGCUAGGCCAAUCCCAAUCCUGCCAAAACGGCCCAAUCAACGGCGUCACCGUCUUCAACGGCAUACGCAAGAUGGUGAUUCCCCAAGGAAGCCUCGUCGCCGUCCAAGGCCUCGGCGGCCUAGGCCACCUCGCCGUGCAGUACGCCACCAAGAUGGGCUUCCGCGUCGCGGCCAUCAGCUCGGGCGCCGCGAAAGCGGAUUUCGCGUCUGAGCUGGGCGCCGACUACUUCAUCGACAGCAGCGUCGAGGACCCCGUGGCGAGGCUCAAGGCUCUGGGCGGCGCCGAGUGCAAAGGCUAUUAG